CCAUCAACUUCUUCCCUAAGGCGAAGCCACUGCAAGCAGACAAAAACCCGCUUCCACUGUACUCAUUCAUGCCAAUUUCCCACUAAAAUUUCACUGCUUUCCUCUCCGAUUGACCUUUUCCGAUAUGGGUUGUACCCAAUCCAAGAUUGAGAAUGAAGAAGCCGUCAUCCGGUGUAAGGACAGGAAGCAGUUCAUGAAACAUGCGGUGGCCUCGCGCAAUGCCUUUGCUGCGGCUCAUUCCUCGUACGCCAUGUACUUGAAGGACACCGGCGCUGCCCUCAGCGACUAUGCGCAGGGUGAGGUCCUGAAUCCUACCCAAUUGAGCCAUACGGCAUUGUCGGGGGCGGCCGGAGGGACUCUGGAUGUGGGGUCUUCGCAGCAGUCUUUUGUGGAGCCACUUCCACCUCCGCCUCCCCCUAUGGAGACCCUUUCUGGGUUCUCGGCGUCGCUGCUUCCGCGCGCCGCUAGUAUGCCCGAGAUCAAUUUGCCGCAGAAGUUGAAACAGAGUGAGAUGACUGUUACAAUUGAAGAAGAAGAAGAGGAUGGUGAAAUUGAGAGUAAUGAGCGGUUGGUAACGCGGAAAUCGUGGAAUUAUAAGAGUGGUGGCAGUGGAAGCAGCCGAGAGAGUAGGAGGGAGGCGGUGGAGGAGCAAAAAGCAGUGCCGCCUGUUGUGGAGAUGAGUUCUGUGCAGGCGCAUUCACAGCAUCAGUCGACAUGGGGGGAUUAUUUCUUUCCGGAUGUGGAUAGCAUGCCGAGGCCGAGUUUGGCGGAUGUGGAGGAGGGUAGGGUGGAGAAGGGAGAAUUGGAGAGGGAGGUGUUUGAAGAAAUGACCAAGAGGAGGAAGGAGGUGGUCGAAGAGGAGGAGAAGAGAGAGGAGGUGGUUGUGGAACAGAAGGCGGCAGCGGUGGAGAUGGAUAAGAUGAUGGAGAAGGCUGUGGCAGAGACAGCUAAGGGAAUGAGGAAGGCAGGGCCUAGUGCAGGGGAAAAGAGGGUGGCGAAAGGGAGUACUAACUUGUUGAAAAUUUUUGAGGAUCUUGAUGAUCAUUUCUUGAAGGCCUCAGAGAGUGCCCAUGAGGUUUCUAAAAUGCUAGAGGCUACACGGUUGCAUUAUCACUCUAAUUUCGCUGAUAAUCGUGGGCACAUUGACCAUUCUGCGAUAGUGAUGCGAGUUAUUAGUUGGAAUAGGUCAUUUAGAGGUUUAGGGGAUGAAGAUGAUGGGAAUAAUGAUUUUGAUUCAGAGGAGAAUGAAACUCAUGCAACUAUAUUGGAUAAAUUGCUUGCAUGGGAAAAAAAGCUUUAUGAUGAAGUGAAGGCAGGUGAACUUAUGAAAUUUGAGUACCAAAGGAAGGUCACCACACUAAAUAAACUAAAGAAACGAGGUGCCAACUCUGAAGCACUAGAGAAAGCAAAAGCAGCACUAAGCCAUCUGCAUACAAGAUAUAUUGUUGACAUGCAAUCCCUGGACUCGACAGUUUCAGAGAUAAACCGUUUGCGAGAUGAACAGUUAUAUCCGAAACUUGUUCAGCUUGUAGAUGGGAUGACCACAAUGUGGAAAACUAUGAAAGUUCACCAUGACAGGCAGGCUAAGACUGUAACAGACUUGAGAUAUCUGGAUCCCUCUGAGUCCUCAAAAGAAACCAGUGAGCACCACCAUGAUCGUACUAACCUGCUUUGGGGAGUUGUGAAGGAGUGGCACUCACAGUUCUGUAAGCUUGUAGACAAUCAGAAAGAUUACAUAAAAGCUCUAAACGAUUGGUUAAAGCUAAAUCUCAUUCCAAUUGAAAGCAACUUAAGAGAGAAGGUUUCCUCUCCCCCAAGGGUUCAAAGGCCCCCCAUUCAGAACCUCCUUCUUGCCUGGCAUGAUCACCUGAAUAAACUUGAAGAUGGUGUUGCACGAACUACCAUCUCCAGCUUUGCUGCUGUGGUGAAUGAUAUCAAGCAUCAUCAAGAAGAGGAAAUUAAACAAAAAAGAAAAUGUGAAGAAACUCGUAAAGAGCUUAACAGGAAGACACAACAAUUUGAAGACUGGUAUAACAAAUACGUGCAACGGAGAGCACCAGAGGAGUUAGAUCCAGAGAGGACAGAAGAUAACACUCACACUGAUGCUGUUGCUGAGAGGCAGUUAGCAGUGGAAGCAGUGAAGAAGACUUUAGAGGAAGAGGAGGAGGCCUACCAGAGGAUCUGCAUCCAGGUACGACAGAAGUCUUUGGCAAGUCUUAGAACACGCUUGCCAGAGCUCUCUUGGGCAAUGUCAAACACUGCGCUUGCCUUUUCACAUAUGUACAGUGACUUAAGGAGCAUAUCAGAUCACAGGUCGCCAAGUCAGAGCUCCGUUUGAGUGUUUUAUGUAUUUGUGAAAGGUAUUUAAGUUUUUCAUAGCAGGUUGUACAUUAAAAAUGUAGAUUGUCUUAUAAAUUUACUUAAAUAUCUUUAAUAAAAUAAUAUAAAAAAAUAAUUUGAUUAAAGAUACUUAAGUAAAUUUAUAAGACAGAUUGUAUUUUUAAUGUACAACCUGUUUUGAAAAACACUUGUUUGGUUCAUAUGUAAUUUUAUUUGCAUGCACAAACUUGUGAAAUAGGUUAGUGUAUGACAAACAUAGAAAACCAUAUAUUAUUACAACAUUUAUGGUCAUGUGUGAUCUCACAAAUAUAAAUUAUGAUUAUUCUG